AUGGCGACUUCUGUUCACGUUGAUCCUUCCACUAAAGAUGUUUCUUCCGUUCCAUUAAUGAUGAUUCAAGCAACUAACUAUUACGUGGAGGGUGAAGUUUCUCAAUACCCGGAAGAAUUGAAGAUGCUCAUUGUUGCCUUGAAGAACUCUAUUUUAUCAACGGCGAUGUUCAAUUCUUUCUCAGUUCCAAUGUCAUGGCUUUCUCAAGCAGGAUCAACUGCAACUUACAACAAAGCAUCUGAUACGAUUACUUUUCAUCUAGUAAACGACAAAAAGGUCAGCCCCCAUUGUCAAAGAUUAGUGACUUUAAGAAAUCUGGUCUUCCACGACUAUGGAAUUUCUUAUUUGGUAUUUUUCUACGCUGUUUAA